CUCCUCACCUCCCUCCUUUCUCUCACACUUGACAAAGAGGAGGCACCAUGACAAGCACUCUUCUGUCUUUGCUCUUCUUGCUCUUCUCUCUUCUCACUCCAACUCUAAUUUCCUCUUCACCAGUUCUAAACCCUCAAGAGGUCGUACAAGAGGUCAACAGGAAAAUCAAUGGCUCUAUAGCAAGACCCAGAAGGAACUUGGGCUACCUCUCAUGUGGUAGUGGCAACCCCAUCGAUGAUUGUUGGAGGUGUGACCCCAACUGGGAGCAGAACAGGCAGAGGCUAGCAGACUGCGCAAUCGGGUUCGGCAAGAACGCCAUUGGCGGCAGAGACGGCAAGAUCUAUGUGGUGGACGACGACGGCGACGACGACGCGGUGAACCCGAAGCCGGGAACCCUCCGGCACGCCGUGAUCCAAGACGAGCCCUUAUGGAUAAUCUUCGCCAGAGACAUGGUGAUCCAACUUAAAGAAGAGCUUCUCAUGAACUCCUUCAAGACCAUCGACGGAAGAGGUGCCAGCGUGCACGUUGCUGGGGGUCCAUGCAUAACGAUACAGUACGUGACCAACGUCAUCAUCCAUGGGAUUCACAUACACGAUUGCAAGCAGGGAGGGAACGCUAUGGUGCGGGACUCCCCACGGCACUACGGCUGGAGAACCGUAUCGGACGGUGACGGCGUGUCCAUCUUCGGAGGGAGCCACGUGUGGGUUGACCAUUGCUCGCUGUCUAACUGCAACGACGGGUUGAUCGACGCCAUCCAUGGCUCCACCGCUAUUACCAUUUCUAAUAACUACAUGACCCAUCAUGAUAAGGUCAUGUUGUUGGGUCACAGCGAUUCUUACACCCAGGACAAGGACAUGCAAGUCACUAUUGCUUUCAACCACUUUGGUGAAGGCCUUGUUCAAAGGAUGCCAAGGUGUAGGCUUGGGUAUUUCCAUGUGGUGAACAAUGAUUAUACUCACUGGGAAAUGUAUGCCAUUGGUGGAAGUGCCAAUCCAACCAUCAACUGCCAAGGCAACAGAUUUGUUGCACCCGAUGACAGAUUCAGCAAAGAGGUGACAAAACGUGAAGAUACCCCAGAGAGUGAGUGGCAGGAUUGGAAUUGGAGGUCAGAAGGGGACUUGUUAGUAAACGGUGCCUUUUUCACAGCAUCGGGUGCUGGAGCCUCCUCUAGCUAUGCAAGGGCUUCUAGCUUAAGUGCAAGACCAUCUUCCCUUGUUGGUUCCAUAACAACAGGUGCUGGUGCACUCAGUUGUAAGAAAGGUUCUCCUUGCUGAAAAACAAUGACUUCUCUUCUGGCUGAUUCAUUCUUUCCAAAAAGGAAACCAAAAUAUAUACAUAUAUGUUCCAAAAGAAAAGGGAGGGAAAUUGAAAAACAAAAGGAAUAUAUAUAUAUAGUGGAUCUUUAGCUUUGUAUUUACUUUUCCUUGCAUUUCCAUAUAUCUCCACUCUUUUUCCCUUUUUUGGGGUUUCUUAGAUUGUUUUCUGCUGUUUGUCUUUUCUUUUGUCAAUUUUGAGUUGCUCAUGAUUACAACCUCCACCUGUUACUCUUGGAACCUAGUCAGUUGAAGAAUCUCGACUUCUAAGAGAAAAAAACAAGUGCAGAAGAGUUGAUAUUAUUACUAUAUCAUAAUACAAUGUUAGUAGUUUCUAUAGCUUCUA